AAAUAUCCACCAUUAUCUAUCCACAGCGGCCGCGACAAACAAAACUCACUCUCUGGUGUAUGUAUGUAUAUGUGGCUCUCCAUUUGCUCCAUUUUUAUACGCAGUUGAAAUCCUUGUUUUCUGUUCAAUUUCUAAGUACAGUACAGUGGCGGCGACGGCGCGUGGUCCUCCGCAGAAGGCGGCAAUCGGUGGUUAGCUUCGGACGGACUUCCGACUUCAUGAGCUCCCCAUGCCUUUAUUAGAUUAUGUAAUAUUGGAAAGAGUGUUGUGUGUAAUUUGCUGAAUGAAUUGGAGUGGAGGUGAAGAUUGUGCCUGAAGCUAUGAAAUGUUGUUAUAUUGGUCUUGCAGAUAUUGCUAUUUCACAGCCUUGUUCUUGUUUCCGGAACAAUAUACUACCGUUUAGGUCCGAAAACCACUUCCGUAAUAGACUCGUACUUGGCAAUGAUAAGGGAUUGGGAUUAGGGUUAGGGUUAGGUUUGGCAUCUUCGUUUUCUUGGAGAAGUAGUUGUAUCACAGGAAGAGAAGGUAGUAGAAGCUAUACCUUGGCGAGAGCUGAGGUAUGGCGUGGCGGGCUGAUAACUAUAAAGGCGGUUGCUACACUUGAAAUUACUAGCGUGCCCCGAAAGGAAAGGGUGAAAGGGUAUACAAAUGUGUUGAGGAUGGAUAUUGGUUCGGCAAGUUCAGGUUCCUCUACUUUUGAGCCACCACAAUCUUCGAAUGAAGAUGAAUCGGCAGAAUUGGACGAGAGGGAAAAAUUGAGGCGGAUGAGGAUUUCCAACGCGAACAGAGGGAACACGCCUUGGAACAAAGGCAGGAAGCACAGACCAGAGACGGUGCAGCUGAUCAAAGAGAGGACCAAGCUGGCAAUGCAAGAUCCUAAGGUCAAGAUGAAGCUAGUUAACUUGGGACAUGCUCAAAGCGAAGAAACAAAAAUAAAAAUUGGAGUGGGUGUCCGUCUGGGGUGGGAGAGACGCCGUGAGAGAUUGCAGCUGCAAGAAACUUGCCAUCAUCAAUGGCAGGAUCUAAUAGCAGUGGCUGCACGAAAAGGUUUUCUAGGUGAGGAAGAAUUGCAAUGGGACUCCUACAAAGUCUUGAGCAAACAGCUCGAGAAGGAAUGGGUUCAGAGCGUUGAACAACGAAGAAAUACUCCCAGAAUAAAGGGGAGCAAGAGAGCACCUAAAUCAGCCGAGCAGAAGAGGAAGAUCUCAGAAGCCAUAGCUGCUAAAUGGGCAGAUCCUGAAUACCGUGAUCGUGUUUAUUCCGGUCUGGCCAAAUUUCAUGGCAUUCCCGAAGGGACUGAAAGAAAGUCCAGGAGAAAGACGAGCAUUGAUGGACAGUCUCGGAAAAGAGGCCCUAAAAAUACGGAAGAAACAGAUAAUCUUGCAAAGAGUGAGUCCAAGAGCCAAAAUCAACGAACUAGGACAAAAAGAAGUAAAACCCCAUCCUACAAAGACCCAUUAGCAAGUUCCAAGCUGGAGAUGCUAAAAAACAUUAGAGCACAAAGAUCUGCUGUAUUGAACAAAAAAAGUGAAGCUGUCACUAGAGCGAAGUUAUUGAUUGCUGGAGCUGAAAAGGCAGCAGAGGCUCUCGAAAUAGCAGCCAGGGAAAACCCUCUUGCCCAAGCGUCACUAAUGGAAAGCAGGAUGUUAAUAGCCGAAGCAUAUCAGAUAAUUGAAUCCAUAGAAUACGAAGAUGAAGUUUCUUCCGAAGACGACAAAGAAAAUAACUCGGAGAAUUCAAUUGAACCAGUACAGAAUCUCAAACUAGUGAUGGAUGAGAACACCCUAAAUCUGGCAAAUGGCAAUCCUAGAAAAGUAAAUGGAGUUCACAGCAUAUCAUCAGCUAGUAGUGCUGUAGAAAACGACAACUUCAGCUUCGACAAGUUUAUGUUGCAGGAUUUAAUGAAUGGGAAUGGUUCGGCUUCUAGUUUCAACGAUAUGCCCGAACGCGAGGAAAACAUUCGUUCUAAUGGCUUACAGUCACCAGAUCACAAACCAAGCCCUAAUGGGAUUUCAGUGCAGACACAGAAACAAUCGUUAAAUGGGCUGGAUUUUCAGUCGGACAAUGCAGAGGCAUCAUCAAAGAAACAAGUGAAAACUGUCAAGAAAUGGCUUCGUGGGAGGCUAGUCGAAGUUGCAGAAGAGACCUAGGUGUUUUUUUUUUCUAGUUCCAGCUUUUGAGGCUGUUAUCCAUCUUUGUAGGAAGUAAAGAUUGUAAUAUACUAGCUCUUGUAUUCAAGUUUUCGAUGCUACCAAAGAAUUCGAGAUUCCAGAUGUUUUAAGGAAA